UACCGAGGCGGCAGCGCGCCCGGUUUAGGGGCGGAGGCUGCUUCGUAGUUGCAGCCCUCUUGGGACACUCCACUCCUCAGCCCUCUCCUGAUUAUUCCUCCCGAGUCUUUUCUCUUGAGCUGCAGUCUUCCCUUCAGUGCGGAAGAACAGAGGUGGCCAAGUCUCCCCAGCCCAGGAAGAAUGCCGCAAUAGCACUGGCGGCCGCUCGGUGGAGCGGGGCGGCCUCAACCUAACCCGGGGCGGAGCCUCGGGGGCGGGGCCUCGGCGGGGCGGUCGCUCCGGAGCCGCAAAGUUUGGCUGUGGCGGCAAAUGGGCUUGGGCGGCUCCUCGGCGGGUGGCGGUGGUGGCCGCAGCGGUUCCUCCUGGCUCUGUUAAUGUCGGGGCCAGGCCCGGGGAGGAUGGCGCCCUAGAGCCCGGCCCUGCUGGGGUAGGGGCGGGAGGGGACGGUGGUGGGCACCGGCCAUGUCGGAGGUGACCCGGAGUCUGCUGCAGCGCUGGGGCGCCAGUUUUAGGAGAGGAGCCGACUUCGACUCUUGGGGCCAGCUGGUGGAGGCGAUAGACGAGUAUCAGAUAUUAGCAAGACAUCUACAAAAAGAGGCCCAAGCUCAACACAAUAAUUCUGAAUUCACAGAAGAACAAAAGAAAACCAUAGGCAAAAUUGCAACAUGCUUGGAAUUACGAAGUGCAGCUUUACAGUCCACACAGUCCCAAGACGAAUUUAAACUGGAGGACCUAAAGAAGCUAGAACCAAUCUUAAAGAAUAUUCUUACAUAUAAUAAAGAAUUCCCAUUUGAUGUUCAGCCUGUCCCCUUAAGAAGAAUUUUAGCACCUGGUGAAGAAGAGAAUUUGGAAUUUGAGGAAGAUGAAGAAGAAGGUGGUGCUGGAGCAGGGUCUCCUGAUUCCUUUCCUGCUAGAGUUCCUGGUACUUUAUUACCGAGGUUGCCAUCUGAACCAGGAAUGACGUUACUCACUAUCAGAAUUGAGAAAAUUGGUCUGAAAGACGCUGGGCAGUGCAUUGAUCCCUAUAUUACAGUUAGCGUCAAGGAUCUGAAUGGCAUAGAUUUGACUCCUGUGCAAGAUACUCCUGUGGCUUUGAGAAAAGAAGAUACAUAUGUUCAUUUUAAUGUGGACAUUGAGCUCCAGAAGCAUAUUGAAAAAUUAACCAAAGGUGCAGCUAUCUUCUUUGAAUUCAAACACUACAAGCCCAAAAAAAGGUUUACCAGCACCAAGUGUUUUGCUUUCAUGGAGAUGGAUGAAAUUAAACCAGGGCCAAUUGUAAUAGAAUUAUACAAGAAACCCACUGACUUUAAAAGAAAGAAAUUGCAGUUACUGACCAAGAAACCACUUUAUCUUCAUCUACAUCAAACUUUGCACAAGGAAUGAUCGUGACGUGAAUAACCUGGAACUUCUGUGAAUUUUAUCACUCAGCAGAAACCAUCAUAGCUGUGUGGCUUAUUCACCCUUCAGCGGGCAGGAAGCAAGCUGUGCCCUUGCCGGUAGGCCAGAGUGAGUCCACUGCAAAGCCCUACCACGGAAUCCAGUCUAGCACAUCACUGACAUAGAAGACGACUCCUUUGGAUACAGGCUUAUUGUAGAUUCUGAAACAUGUUUGUACUUUUCUAUUAAUUGUGCAAUUAAUAUUCUCUUUUCUAAUUUACCACUACUCCUGCCCUGCUUCCUGGAACAGCACUGGUGUGGGUAGGAUGUGCUCAUCUUCAAAAUUAAUACAGCAAUAAGAAUGUGUUGGAGUUUACACAUCUGUUCACUUCGGCUCCAGUGUGCUCUUUUUGUUUGUUUUUGAGUUAAUGUCAAACUUUGGGCUGAUGUGGGUAGGAUGGUAUGAAACUGCUUUGAGAGGAAUUGGACUAAUUAUGCUGCCCAAGUUCUGGAGAUUGUUAGGCUGCUCCUCAGAGAUGGCCUAAGUUCACCCUGACUGCAGAGUUUUCCUGCUUAGAAACAGUGUGCCUUGGCCAGGUCAGUAUCCUAUAUGGGAGUGUUCCCAGACUGUAGCUGUGAUUUUUCCAGAUGACCAGAUGGUUUUUCUGAAAGUGAGCAUAUUCUUAGUCAUGUUGAUUAGCUGUUCUUCUACAUCACAUUGUUCUUCUGUCUGAUAGUGAUUCUAGGAUUAAUGAGGGAA